UAAAAAAAAGCAGGGGCAAGUUAUGAGCGUAUACUGUAGAGGAAGAGAAAAAAUAAACAAGAAUAAGAAAAUAAAUAGAAUUAUCAAGCGCAAAUUAAACAUAUACAUAUAUGUAUUUACCAUUAUUUUUAAGAGACAAUCAAAAUGAAAGAUUUUUUGGCAUCUCAAUUUUGUUUUCUGUUCAUCUUUGAUAUAAAUGAAAUACAAAAACAAAAUGAAGCAGAAAUUAAUUAAAAGACAAGUGUCUGUUAGUCCACUUGCAUAUGUGAAUGUGAUAUUUACCCAGUAAAAUAAAAAAAAAGAUCCAGCGAGUGAGUAUGCAGAAUGAAAUAGAGAAAAUACAAGGAUCCAUCCCCAACUUGAAUUUCCUCACAGUUUAAUGUACAGGAAUUAGUCAGCUUUGCUGCUACACUUGUGCUGUGUGAAUUGUAUACUUCAUACUGACUCUAAGCAGGUUUUGAGUAUGUAGUGGAAAAGUAACAAAAUUAAGUAUACUAAAAUAAGUCAGUAUCCAAACUAAACAACCCUUGAUUUUUUGAGUGUCCUGUUGAAGCACUACAUUGCAAAGGAAUUGGAGAAGCUGCUCACAGCUGCAAAACAUGAGAAUAAAAUGCAAAUGGUGGUGAGGCAGCUGCAGAAACAUCAUAGGAAACAAGUAAACUAACAAAAGUAUUCUUUAAUAACUAUUAACAAUUGAAUCUCUGGAGAAACAUUUAGCUUUUUUCUUAGUGAAAUUUAUUUGGAAAUGGCAUGCCAAAGUUGCAGUUGUUUGAUUAGCAUGCAUUAGUGCAUGAAAUGUACCACUUCCUGUUAGUAUAACAAGGUUAAAGGAGUACUCCAUUGAUUUAGUAUUGUACUUCCAUAAAGUUAGGGUUUUUUUUUUUUGCAAGAGAGUUUAAAACAAGAAUGGUCACAAUUAAAGCAGCAGAGGCAGGGAAAUCCUGAAUUUUAGUCCCUAGUGUAAGUCAAGCUUCAAAAACACGUUUCAAAAACACAUAAAACCCCCCCUACAUUUCCCAUAAUGCAAUUCAAUAGCAUCUGUCAUUAAACCUCGUGGUUAACAUUGUGGACAGAGGUCCCUACAAAAACGACCUGGAAAUGCUAAUGUCGCGGCAAAUCGUUUUCACACGAAAACGCUGUUUUAAAAUUUAGACUGCUUAACGUAGACGUAAUCUAAGUUGUACUGCUCUUGACGAUUAAACUGAUCCUCGUGUAAAAUCUGUGAAGAGCUCUUUCAAUUGCAAAUUUGGCACCUUGACAGGACUGGCCACAUUGCUAUUAACCCCCAAGGUAGUAGGGGGUUAACAGGGGCCCAACAGCAAAAUGUUGCCCUGGUGCUUUCUAACAGGUUAAUCCAGCCAUGGUUUCCACCACAGUACCAAGCGCAGAAAGUCAAAUUUUAAUCUCUUUACACAGUUUAUCGUAAUUAGGAGCAUGUCUGCUACACUUAACUGUGUAUCAACAGGUGGUCAUUAGUGCCUGUAACUAAAUCAUCUGUGUUGGGGAGGUUAACUGGGACAGCCAAUCAUCUGGCUUUCUUUCUUCCAUUUCGUUUUGAUGUUUUGAGUGUGUGCUGGUGCCAUUGUAGAAAAAUGCACAAUUCAGCAUUUUCCUGAAUAGACACAAAGAAAGGCAUCAAUGUAAGGUGUCGGUUCCGUUAAUCGAUAUCUGGAUACAGACAGCAUGCGGUCUGUAUAUCCCACAGCCUGUCCUUCCCUCAGACACUUUAUAAAGGUCAUAAUAGUACUGAUAGUGUUGUUAUUAUCGCCUGUUGUGACAGAGGCGGGUUUAGGAUCGGGGCACACGGUGAUUGGACGUGAUGACCCCCCUGUGUCACGAUGCUUCCGCUCUGAGCGUACGCGCAGGCGCAGCGACCCUCUCUUCUGAUAUUUUAUUUACUCCCGAAACCCAAGAUGGCUCCUGUGAAUGUCUCGGUCCCAUAGCAAAUUGAGGAUGCAAGUAGCUGCCGAAAAAACAACUUUUCCCCGACCGUCGCAUCCCCUGGAGUUCAAUUCGUAUGGUGCGGAGGAGACCCUAACAUCCGUCUAGGCACUGAGCAGCCGUCGGAGCUUCGCGAAACCACCUUCAAUCCACCAAUUUGGAGUAGUUUCGCGAAGUAGCUCUUCUCCUCGCUGUCGCUGUCUGUCCGGAGCGAGGUUCAGACAGGCAGCUCAUCCAAAUGGCCGAACCGAGAAAAGUACAAUUUGUCACCCUCUCGGCCUUCACAGCUGGAGCAGCCGCGGAGUCUAGGAAACGCCUGCUGGAGGAUGAGGCCGACUUCAACUUCGGUAGAGCCGGGGAGGUCGAGGCAGCGACCGGGGCAGGGGGUGCUGCCAGCAACGGUCGUCUUGGCAAAACCAGCAACGGGGACAAGGCUGGAGCCGAGAAGAGGGCGACGGUGCGGCUCAACCUGUCCCUAUCCGAGCCUGACGACCGCUCCUCCGUCGAGUUUAAUUACGGCGAACUCAUCCAAAACCCCCAGGCAAAGAAUAAUCCAAGUCUGACAUCCGCCCACAAUCCCAACGACCCCUUCAACGAUGACGAGAGAGAGCGGCUUCAGGUUGAGGCCAUGGCAAAAAAGUUUGAAAAUAAAUAUGGUAACACAGGGAAAAAGAAGAGGAAGGACAGAAUGCAAGAUUUGAUUGAUAUAGGCUUUGGCUAUGACGAGACAGAUCCGUUUAUAGACAACUCAGAAGCUUAUGAUGAGCUGGUGCCUGCGUCUUUGACCACAAAGCUGGGAGGAUUUUAUAUCAACACUGGCACGCUGCAGUUCAGAGCGGCCUCCGACUCCGAGGGAGAGGGAGACAAGAAGCUGAAUGACGACAAGGGGCAGGUGAUUAAGAAGAGGAAAAAGAAGGAAGUUAACAAUCUUGAAGAGAAGAACCCGAAGAAGAACAGAGUACCUAAACAAGGAGUGACAGCCCUCAACCUCCACCGGCCAGAGAAGAAGAAGAGGAAGAAGCUGAUGAAGGACUCGCUGUACCUGGCGGCCAUGCUCCGCCGCUUCACCCGGGAGAAGGAGGAGAUGAAGAAAAGAAACCCGAACAUGGCGCAGCCUGGCCCGGCAGGAGGUGGGGCUAACAAACCCCACUCCACCAACUCAACGAACCACCUGUUGGCCUCUAACUCCACCCACCCGCAGGGCAACACAGCCAGCAACGACCUCUCACUGGCAGACCUCACCUCGGACCCCGCUGUGAUGUCACUGCUGGGCUCAGCCAAUGAGAAGGAGCUGCAGGAUCUCCUAUGCGACCUGGACUUCAGCUUGUUGGACACUGAGCAGCAGCACGCCAUGGUGGCAGCCAGGGAGAACGGCAUUCUGGGUGUAGGCGUUCCGACUAAUAAAGCUGCAGCAGCAGCAGCAGCAGCAGGAGGAGGUGGCCAAGGGCGAGGCCUGGGGUCCUCCAGCGCACUUUUGUCUCCGCCUCCGCUGCCUGAUGGACUGCCUGCUCCUCUUAUUAAACGCAUCGAGGACCUGCGGGCGGCCUCGCGGCAGUUUGAUCAAGAGGGCAGGAAGAAGUUUUUCACCUUGGACAUGAAUAACAUUCUCCUGGAUAUUGAGCUGCAGGUCCAGGAGCAGCCUUCUGUGGUGCGUUCAGACAUCUACUCGCACAUGGAGGCAUUUGUGCCGUGCAACAAAGAAGCCCUCCUCAAACGCAUGAAGAAGCUCAGUCUGAACAUCCAGGACGAUCGACUACGGACACCACUGUUGAAGCUGAAGCUGGCGGUGUGUAGUGUGAUGCCAGAGCAGAUAGCCAGAUACAACAUGGACUGCAUGGCCAAGGUUGCAAAGCAGCAGUCUGAAGAGGGCGAUAAGAACGGCUCAGAGGAGGAAGAUGAGGAAAAGCCUGGAAAAAGGGUGAUGGGCCCACGGAAGAAAUUUGUCUGGGAUGACAAGCUCAGGAACCUGCUGUGCAGCCUGGUGCGAGUGAAGCUGAGCUGCUAUGAGAUGGAGAACCAGUGCUCUCUGUCUGUGGAGGACUACCUCAAGGCCUUCUUAGAGAAUGAGGUCAAACCACUAUGGCCCAAGGGCUGGAUGCAGGCCAGGAUUCUGUUGAAGGAGAGCCUUUCAGUUCACAGUCACCUCACUGGAAACCUAGUCAAGAGGAGAAUGAUGCCUGGGCCCAAGGCCAAAGCCAAGGAGGGUCUUUGGAUCCACAAACCACCUCACACCAUGACCUCCACCCCGUCUCUGCCCACCUCCACAUCCGCUCUGACCUCCAACCGCCAGCUCGUCUCCUCCUCCUCACCCUCGGAGCCCAUCUGUCUGUCGGACUCUCUGGAUGAGGAUCUAACUGCUCCCUCUCUGGACUCCAUCUCCCACGCUCUGGCCCUCCUCAGCAAUGCAUCCAAGGGCCUCUCAGACAGCCCCUUGUCACCCCCACCCCUACAAAUCCCCACCUCCUCUCCUCCCCCCGUCACCCCUCACUACCCCUCAGCCACUCAGCUGUCUGCCUCGGUCACAUCCACAACGCAACAACAUUCCCUGUCUAAGGUGGAGACUGCUCAGCUGGCUGCUGCAUCUGCUGGGAACUUAACAACAACAACAACGCUACCAACCUCCUCUUCUACCUCCUCUUCCUCAUCUCCUGUUGUCGCCUCCAUGGCUCGUGUGCAGGCGGCAGGCCUGACGAUGGCCUCCAGGACUGCAAAUGGUCCCUACAGCCUGAUCAAAGGAUCUGGUGCCAUGGGCCAAACCCAGACUCAGAGACUUGUUACCAUGGCAUCACCCAAUCACAGGCCAAGCUCGGUGAUGGGCGGGAGCGGCAAGAUGCAUCCACACCCCUCCCCAUCGCCUCCGAAGCAGCGGCCUCCUCCCACGGCUUCCCCUCUGCUGCCCCCCCAUCAGAAGGGCUUUGUUAACCCGGUGGGGAUGCUGGGAACUAUGGGAGCCCCUCAAGGACUGACCAAGAGCAGUGCCAAAGCCAGCGGCAUCAACAGCAACGUCUGCGUCGUUAGCAGCAGCAUCACACCUUCUUCCUCCCCCUCCUCACAGUCCCGCUCCAGCUCUACCACCCACCCUGCCCUGCAGACCUUCUGCCCUCCCUCCCCGGUGGCCUCCUCGCCAUCCCCCACCACCCACACCUCACACUCAUCACAAGGUAAAUCCCACACACACCACCACCACCAGGCCAACUUCAUCACGCCCAUGCAGGCCACCCUCACCAAGUCCUCCCACAGCAGCAACUCCUCUCCCAUCAUCAAGCUCACCCCUCGGCCUCCUGCGCCCACCCCACCUCCCUCCUCCUCCCCCUCCCCGUCAUCCUCGCCCUCACACGUGCUCUCCCAUCAAAUGAUCCCCAGCCAACAGCAACAACACCAGUACUCCCCCAAAACCCCCAAAACGUUUCGGCCCCCAUUCAGUGUAUCGGGCGGCGGGCAGGUGAAGCAGACGCAGGGCAGCUGCAGCUUCGCUGGAGGCCAGAAAGCUCAGUCCACCACAAGCAACAGUAGCAUCAACAACAACUCCAACAACAAUAAGGGAGUGGUAUCAGCUAUCUGCAUUCACCCAGACAAAACUCCCUCGUCUUCUGCACCUUCAGUCUCAGCAAAUCACGGGCAGAGGCAGAGGAUGGUGGGCGGGGCUAACCAGAGCUCAAAGGCAGGAAACGGUUGGGCGGCUUCAGGAACUUUGGCCACGUCCUCCACAACGUCACACCUCUCACAGGUAUCAACAGCAGGCCCUUCCCUCCUGGGCAGCCCCUCUGCUCUGCCCCUCGGCUUUGGGAUGUUAGGAGGCCUGGUGCCCGUCUCGCUGCCCUUUCAGUUCCCCUCGUUGCUCAAUUUCAGCUCUCCUGGAGCCCCAGGGGCCGCUGGCAUGGGCUCAGCCCCCAGCUCCAACUCAGGAUACUCCCUAGCACAGAGCGACCUAAUGGAUCUGUAUAAGAGUCUCCAGUCAGGGUCGCAGGCUGCCCUACCUCCUCACUUGCAGCUUGCUUUCUCAGAUGCGAACCAAAGCCAGGGUGGAGACAUGAAGAGGAAAUCCCACUGACCAAUAACAGCGCAGGAGGUGGACACCAGUGGGGUGACAUCACAGCCUCCUGGACACAUCCACCAAUAGGAAUCUUCACUUUGAUUGACUGCCACAGCGAUGUGGUAUGAGGGGGCAGGGCUCCACUGCCUCUUUUAAAAUGGACCUAAAGGAGAAUCAGUUUAUCCUCGCUACAAGUGGCAAUGAUGAAUUAAUUUAACUGUAUUUUCUAACGAACCGGGUAUGAGAACAAGACGGAGUGAAUGACGAGAGAACUUAUUUUUUGUUCAGCUUAUUUUUAUUUUUGUCAACAUGUUUACAUAUGACCGACCUUGAUCACUGUGGAAUGAGUGUGAGCGAGGUGGUGGUACAGAUGAGAGUAGUAGUACGCUACGUAAUAUAAUUUGUAUUUAAGCUUAUGUGGAUUAACAGGACUCUUGUUCUUGCAGUACAAAAAGAAAAAAGAAAAACAGACUGAGUAAUGAAUUUUUAUUUUUCUGUCUUUUGUCUCAGAUGUGGGAAUCGUCGUGUCCGUAGAAAUUUUAUUGUUGGUCACCUCUGCUCCCACAAAUGACUGUUAAGUAGUAGCUUAAAUUAAUAUCGAUAAAUUAUUUGUAAUUUACACAGGGACAAAAACAUGUUAUAUUGUGUGUGUGUGUGUGUGUGUGUGUGUGUGUGUGAGCGAGAGAGCAGUGAGGUUGAUAUUGAAUGUGUAUGUACAUAAAAAAACACAAUAUACUGUUAAUUUCUUUCCAGAUUUCUCUGUAUGAAUGGAUAAGGACGUGUUUCCCCUUUUUUUCACAAUAAUGAGCGAGUCUAAGUUUGAUGCCCCUCUCUUGCUCAGUGUGUUUUUGGUGCUGUUUAAUCACACUGGACCUUUUCUGGAAAAAAGACUUGAAUUGAAAAAGUUUUGGGCUCCUCUUCUGGAGAGGGGAGCCGCCUGUGAGAGAGGGGAGAAACGUCAAGAUUGUAGCCUACUUGAAUCUUGUUUUUUUUUUUUGUGAAUUAAGAUUUUUUUAUUUACUUUAUCUGCUUAUUGACUCGAACCAACUUAAUAUAACACAACGCCUUAGUUUAUAUUGAAAAAGUAUGAAAAAGAUCUAUGCAGGACUGUAAAACGCUCAAUGCAAAAGUACAAGUCGUCGCUUGGCUUUCAACCUCUACUCAACUUGUCAGUGCAUUUCUGGAGUUGUGAAUGUUUGUAGAUGUUAUGUCACCUGAGACUCCUUUUUUUCCUGGUGUGUGUUCAGACAGGACGCAAAGCGAAUUUCAGAAGCGUAAAAAAGUUUGCAUACAAAGUCAAUGGAAAGCCGCGCAAGUUCGCCUGGGGUGCCGCAAAUGGGCGCGAAGACGAGUCUGCGCACAUUUAAAAUGUUCCAACUUUUCCGACAAAAAAGUCACAUUUAUCCCGCGUUCAUGUCAUAUUGUUUAAACCGUAAUUAUGAGCAACAGAGUGGGGAAACCAUUUACGUCAGCCUCCAGCUUGUAAUUCCGAGUCAGAGAUAUCUAUCUCUUUCUGAUACCGACGGUAUCUCUCGCUGGGUGGAAAUGACUACAUUUAUGUCCAACUGUUGGCAAAAUGGCUGCAAGUGCACCACCGCUAGCAGUUAACUAACAAUAAAAUCUAAUGUUAACACUAAUACAGUUGAUUCAGCUAAUUUAGAAGGAGCACUGUUUGUUUGUAUCUGGUAAUGAACUGCUACAAAUACACGACGAUGCAACAAAAUAAGCUACUUUUGGCAGUUUAUCUGGUGUGGCUACAAGGUUAGCAACGGUCGGUGCGUUGAACACAAACGCAACACAAACCGUUCCCACGGAAACGGUUGCUAGCUAGCUUCCAGCUAACGUCUGUACAUUGGCUGUUUGAGGGCGAAUAAACACAAACGGUCAAAUUUGCGCGAGGCUGAAAUUCCUUUGGCCGUCUGUGUGAACACACCUUUUAGAGAAAACUUCCCUCUGCUGAAUACCUCCGUAACAAAACCGUUCUUCCUGAGUCUCUCGCUGUCCUCCCCGGACUAGUUCCCCGCCCUCCUCCAUGUGUGUCAGUCUGACUGACCGGCUGCACCGAGAAUGGCGCCAAAGAUUGUUCUGUAGCUCACCUAUAUUGGAUGGGGUGCAGCUGGUCUGUGUGUGUGUGUGUGUGUGUGUGAGAGAGUGAUUAUUCUGACACCCCCACCCAAUGUAAACCGUUAAAUGUCAACGUGUGGUUGUUCAGGGUGUCAUUGUGAAGUCAUGUGACUGGAGCAGUGGGUGACAUCUUAUACAUUGUGCUUUCUUUGGGGGUGGGGAGGAUAAAAAUGACAUUUUGUGGUUAACUGGUUACUUAAUUUGGUCUUUUGUAGAUUAUUUUUGUGUGUCUAUUAUGAAAUUAAACAAAACAGGUGGUUUUCA